CUGCAGUGGAUUUGCAUGGCGAUUUUCUUCAACCCUUCUCAUCAGCAGACGCUCCUGUUCACUUCUGUGGAUGGCCUGGAUGUCUCUGUGAGAUGGUUGCAGUUCCAUCUUAAAUUUUUGUAUCACUUUUGCUACAGUAUUCUGCCUAAUAAGUAAAGCUUUGCUGAUCAUGUUGUAGCCUUCACCUUUAUUGUUUAAAGAAAUAAUUUUCUUUCUCAGGCCUUGUGACAUUUCUCUUCCAUGUGGUACCAUUGCUGACAGCGUGAAAUGGGAAGGUUUUUUUUUUUUUUUAAGUAACGCCCUUUUAUGAACUGUCUGCUGGACAC